CUACGCCUCCGUUCGCGGGCUGACGGCCGGCUGCAGGCUGAGUCUGAGCUCUGGAUUCCUCCAGUUCUUCGUUCUGUCCCACCCACGGGCUGACCUAUGUCAGCCGCGCCAGCCUCGGCGCCAGCUCGCACCCCGGUGCAGGCGACGCCCUACUUGCCGUCCUCGCCUCGCCAUGGCACCACGGCGUCGUCCCGCCAGCCCUUCCCCGAGCUGCCCGAGGUGCGGGUGACUUGCUCGGCCUUCAGCGGGGCCUUCUAAGUCACCAUGCCGCACCGCCACCAGGCUGGGGCCAUCGCGGCCGCCCGCCCGAUGACGCCCACCACGCCGGAGCCCGAGGAGUUGUCGUUCGACGGCAAGGUCCGGCCCUCGUUCCAGAACACGUACCGCAUGGAGCCGAAGAGGCCGUGGUCGGAGGAGUCGGCGCUGCAGUGCCUGCGCGAGGUGAUGCACGAGAAGCUGGACGCGGCCGAGUACGAGGCGGACAAGUGCGGCGAUCUGGCCGCCAGCGUCGCCGCCGAGGUGCGCACCCGCAUCCGGGAGCUCAACUUCGACAGGUACAGGGUCGUGUGCGUGGUGCAGGUGUACGAGAAGCUGUUCCAGGGCAUCCACGCCGAGGUGGGCUACUUGUGGGACACGCAGCGGGACCACCACUCCACCUACAGCAUGAGCGGCCUGCACAUCGUGGCCUCGGGCAUCGUGUUCGGGGUGUACUACGAGUAGCGGGAACAGGGACUGCGUCAAGGACCAACCAAGUGCUUUUCAAGAG